CGACAUUGCAUCGUAUGCGCCAGUAUUUGUUGGCGCCGCGCGCGCGUGGACGUGUGCUUCGGUGUCGUGAGACUUGUAGUAAGACUAGUGAGUCACGGAGUAAACAAGUACAUCGUAAAGUGGCGGGAACUGUGACAGGUGAAUUCCAAAACGAAUUCAAUUCGUGGAAAUAAACAAUAAAAGAAGAAAGACUGUUAUUAAUACUGCAAUUCGCUUGUGGGAACUAUCGAGAUAAUUAGCAAUCUCUGCGACCCUGAGACCAAUGAUAAACAACUCGUCAACGGAUACAUAAACAAAUAAUAAUAGUGUUGUAACAAGGUGGAAUAUAUUGACUUCUUAUACAUAUUAAACGUUUGUGAAAUAAGUGAACACCUUGUCAAAUCGUAUAUGUGUAUCAAUAGUGUUACAUGGAUAAAACAGCGGUGAAGUGUAUUUGGGGAAAACGGAAUUUGAAGAAAUUAUUUCUCGAAGCUGUUUACGGCUCCAAACUCGCGGCGGCCGCGUCGUUACGACGCCCGCUGGCCGCUACUGUAUGAGAAUCACAUGGCUAUGCGUGGCGGCGUUGUGCGGCGUGCUGUGCGCGCGCGCCGACGCGCCGCCGGAGCUACUAGUCACGAGCGCUAUGCUCGGCGAUGACGGCGUCGGCGCGGCGCUGCGCGAGUUAGCGGCGGCGGCGUUGGCGGCGAGAGGUGUACGUGCCAAAGCUGUCCCGCCGCCGGCAGAAUGCGUCGCGCCGGCGUCACGCAAAUGCCACAUAGCUGUCAACCGUCUCCUCACUAGUGGCCACCUUACUGCUGCUAUACUACCCACGCCCGCUGCUGAAGCUCCUCUCGAUGCUAUGGAUGGCUACGGUCUCGCUGGCCUCGGCGACGCAAUGGCGCCGGCGCGGCGGAUUUGCCUCGCGGGCGGACCGACCGCGCCGCGUGGGGCAAGAUCGCUACUCGACCUGGUGGACGAAGACAUUGCCGCGCUUUAUGACAUGACACCUACAGAGGUCGCCAGCCUGUUCGCUAAUGCCUCCAAAUGGGACGGAUUAUCGUAUCCGAAUGGAACGGAAACUCUGAAAAUAUGCACUAUAGGACGCUGUGCGACCCUUCUUACUAGUACCCCAUCUGAAGCCAAGGAACUAGCUACCCUAGCUCGCGCUUACUCGCUACGCGUACGCGUUGUUCCUUUGGGCACGCAUCUAUCUGCUGUUAGGUUAAAUCGGCCAUUCAUCGCCUGUGAUGCAUUAAAUGUACCUCCUGGCCGAGCACUUGGCCCACCGCCUUGCACUAACCCCAAAGAUAUCGGAUGUAUCUUCGAACCGUACAGAAUACUGAAGCGUGUGAACAGACGUUCUCCUGAGUUAACGUUAAGCGCGUUACGCGUACUAACUAGGCUAAAGUUGGAUGAACGUCAGUUAGCAGUACUGGGUAAGGAAGCGCGAGCUAAAGGAGCGGUAGCAGCAGCAAAUGAUUUUCUAUCGAGGAAUCCGCUGGCGCUCGGUGCUAGUGAAGUACGCGUGUUAGUGAUGCUGCCGGACAAAACGCCGCGUGAAUUACAACUACAGCCACGAGCGCUUGCGGCUGCCGCCGCUCUGGCAGAGUUGGAUGAACAGAAUUCGUCACACGCUACUCGCUUUAAAGUCGAAACUUUCGAUGAUGAGUGUUCUGGAUCUACCGCCUAUAAACAUCUGUCAGAUGCAUUAGGUACGGGUGAAUACGGUGCGUUAUCAGCUGUAGCCGGGCCGGCUUGUGGCGCAGCAUUUGCGGACGUGGCUAAGCAGACAAAGUCGCACGUGAUGCCUGUGCUAGGAUACACAUCGCAGGCCGCAGAAGGACCGUACGUGCUGCGUGCAGCGGGUGAUUCGCGUGACGAGGCUGCCGCUCUUGGGGCGUUGUUAUCAGCUUACAGUUGGCGCCGAGUAGCGGCGCUUACUGAGCCUGGAACUCGAGCGCUGCUGGACUCCGCGAGCUUGCGCGCCGACGUCGUUGUGCACACCGAGCUGCCCGACGCCGACGCCGUGGGUGACGACGUCGCCGGCAAAGACACCGGUUACGUGACUGAAACGGUUGACGACAAAACCAAACUAGAGCCAGACUAUAAGUUAAUAUCUCAGUGGGCAACCCGGGCAGCAACAGCAGGCGCGCGUAUCCUCCUAGUCUGGCCCGAAGACGCCCGAGCGCUCCGCGGAGCAUUAUGCGCAGCCCGCGAAGCCAAGCUCACACCAGAAGCUGGAGCAGUCUUUCUUCUGCCACCGCUCGCCCCUUCUGCCCUCAUCAGAGCUAGCACUGACAAGCAUCCAUGUUCGACGGCACAACUGCAAGAGAUGGCUGAUGGGCAUCUGAGCCUGCGGCCUGCUUGGCAGAUGGAUUGGAUCCCACCGGCUGAUUGGGCUGAGCGCUGGCGUGCACAGUGCAGAUUUCAGCCGGUAGCCGGUCCAUGUUCGACGCCCACGCCAAACGCGGCACUGCUAUACGACGUACUACGCCUCUGGGCUGCUGCACUCUCCCGAUUGCUUACUCGCCAACCCAGCGCACUAGAUGACCUGCAUCAGGAAGAAAUUAUCAAGUCGCUGAUAGCCGAUGUGGAAAGUUCAGCACACAACUAUACCGGACUUACAGGACAGUUCGCGUGGGGCAAAGGUGCCCGUAUGGUGCCACAGCGGUUGUUGCAGUGGGACAAUAGCACACAGGCGUACGGUGCAGUCGGUGAUUGGACAAGCACAUUAAAACUAACGCCGAAUGCGAUCCGCUGGCGGACAGCCGACGGAUUGCCUCCUAACGACGGCGUCGAGCCAUGCGCAUUGCAGCCACUAGCGGACGCUUUACGCGCUGACUGUCGCGUAGCACUAGGAACGCUUCUGGCCCUCUUGAUAGCCGGACUUGCUGCUGCGCUUGGCGGCGCGGGCUGGCUGCUUAAACGACGUUUAGAAACACGCUACCGCGCUCGCUUAGCUGCCCUCGGCUUAACCACACUAGCCCCAAAGUUGGACGCGCUUGACCGAUGGGAAUUACCAAGAGAGCGUGUCGUUAUCAACCGUAAGCUCGGUGUCGGUGCGUUCGGUACAGUUUACGGCGGCCACGCAUUAUUAUCAGAGCGGCGAGCUUGGACCGCCGUCGCCGUUAAAACGCUCAAACCUGGCGCUGGCAUGGCAGAAAAACUAGAUUUUCUCGCUGAAGCUGAGGCUAUGAAGAGGCUUGAACAUCCUAAUGUUGUGAAACUACUAGGUGUAGUCACACAUUCUGAACCAGUUUGCACUGUUAUGGAAUUUAUGUUAUAUGGAGAUUUGAAGGGAUACCUACUCGCGCGGCGGCAUUUAGUAGAAGAAGGAGGCGAAGCCGCGGACGAGGUAUCGCCAACACGAUUAACAGCCAUGGCUUUAGACGCGGCGCGUGCGCUGUCAUACCUCGCACAACUCCGCUUCGUACAUCGCGACGUAGCAGCUCGCAACUGUCUAAUAUCCGCGCGGCGGCAGCUGAAGCUGGCUGACUUUGGCAUGGCGCGACCAGUUUGUGAGAGCGAUUACUACAGAUUCAGCCGUAAAGGCCUACUCCCUGUGCGCUGGAUGGCGCCUGAAUCUCUGUCUCGAGGCGUUUUCUCUCCCGCGUCCGACGUGUGGGCGCUCGGAGUUCUGCUAUAUGAGAUUGUGACGUUUGGAGCCCUGCCGUAUCAGGGGCUCGGUAACGCCCAAGUCUUGGCUCGCGUCACAAGAGGACGUUCACUGCGACCACCGCCUGGGUUACAGCCCAACCUGGAGGGGCUGAUGAAGUCCUGCUGGCAGCAAGAACCAGCAGCGCGUCCAAGCGCGGCAGCCGUUGCCGCCUUCUUAGCUGACGCUCCACGGCUAUUGACGCCUUGUCUUGUCGCAUUUGACGUUCUGCCGCUUGACCCGCCACGGCCGUCUGAACAUUCUGAACACGAGCAGGACCUACAAGAACGCUGGGUGUCCUGGGCAGCGCCGCCGUCCGCCGUCACCGAUACAACCUACCUCAGCGCCGACGCCGACGCCGACGCCGAUACCGAGCCAGAAUCACCCGGCGUCGACGUGCCUGUCGAAACGCAGCGGUUCCUUCCUUGACAUAUAAGACGAUUCUUGAGACAGUUGCAAAAAAGUACUAACGCUGGGUUUGCUCCCUUGACAUAUAAAGAGUUUCAAGAGGCGCUGACACAACAUACUUUAACGCCAACGCCGACACGAAGCUAAACUCAUUCGACGUCAAUUUGCCUGUUAAAAUACAGCGGUUCCUCUCUAGGUAUAUUGGGAGGUUCGUGAGGCUGUUGCAUAAAAGUUACAAACACUUCGUUUGUUCCCUUGACAUAUCAAGAUAUUUAUAAGGUUUUAGCGCUGACACGACCUCAACACCAACGCUGAAGCCGACAAGGAGCUAAACUCGCCCGGCAUAUCGUGGUUCAUAUCUUGAAAUAUCAAGACAUUUCAAAACUAAUGCAUGAACAUAUCAGGGCAUUUAUAAGGCGGCGGCGUCGCCGAUAUGUACAUACCGCAGCGCUGACGCCGACGCCGUUACUAAACCAGAUAAUCGGCGUCGGCGUGUCUAUUGAAACACAUCACUGUCACCUACAUCACAUAUCAGGAGAUUCAAGUAUCAAUCAAAAAUAGAGAUAAAUACAUAGUCACGCCUGUAUUCCCAAAAAGGGCAGGCAGAGCAAAUGAAACUUCUCAAGUUUUAGUGCCACUCUUAGCAAUUAAGGGGCUGAAACAGAACGAAAUUGUGACAUUAAAAAUGUUGAACAAAACAGCUACUGUACCUUCUUAGGCCCCCCCACAUCGACCAACUGUAUGAAAAAAAAAUUGAUAAAAUGGGUGGGUUUAUAAUUAUGCAAUAGACUUAUGACAGCUAUUAUCAAAAGGUAAAGAAUAUUUAAAAUAAUACAAAUCCGUCUUUUUAUGUAUAACUGUGGUGAGAAUAUUUUUAGCAAUAAACGAUGAGGUAAAUGUCCCAGUGUUCGACAGUGUUAACUUAUAUUGUUUGAAUUUAUUUUUUAACAAGAAAUAACGUCUGCGAUCGGUGCUAUUAAGUUUACAAUAUGUUUAAAAAUGGUAAAAUUACUACCUUGGGUAAGACUCACGCCCUCUGGGCCGAUAUUCAAGCGCUCUGCCAUCUAACCAUGCUGCUAUGGAAGAGGGUUUGGUAGCUCAGUUGGCAGCGCGCUGGAGUAUCGAUUCGCGAGCAUUAGUUCAGGUCUCCCGCAGGCCAGUAUUUUUCCACUUUUAAACGUAUUCUAAGGUUUGUUUGGAAAGGAGGUGACCAUUACUGGAGUAGUGACAAACACUGGGACAAUUACAACCUCAUAGGCUACUACACAUUCCAUUGUCUAGUCAAUUACGUUAAUUAGUUAACUAUUUAUAAUAAGUUAAGGAAUGAUCUUGUAAAUAUAAAAUAAAUAUACAUUUUAAUUUAUCAAA